CCCGCUGCCAACGGACACACUUUCAUAACGCCUCCUUCCACUGUCCUGGAACCGAUUGACUAGUAAAGGCUCCCGACAGCGGCAGGCGUCGCGGAGAAGCGCUCGUCAAAAUGGCGACUGCUGUGGCCGCCAACGAGCUCAAGCAACAGGGCGCUAUCGAGGCCUCCCGCAACCCCAACAACAGCGUCACCGCCGAAGAUGCAGAACGAAAGAUUGUCGAGGACAGCAGGGAGGCCGGCGUGACGGCGUUCACUUUUGACCCCAAUGCCAGCGCCGAGCAGAAGAAGGCCCAGGCCAGAGCUGCAAUUCCCGAGGGCCUCCACCACAGACCCAAGGGCGUAGCGAUCGUAACCGAUCUCGACGAUGGAACCAAGGCCGACGUCGAACUCCCCUCGCCCUCCAAGGCCGGCGCACUUGCGGUUGCCAGGACCGAAGACGGGAAGACGCUUGUGGACGGGAAGGUCGAUGAGGAGGAGGAGGAGGAUUGGGGCAAGACGGGCUGGGCCCCCAGGUUUGGCUGGCCUACCGAAUCGGCGCACGAGGGCGAGAGCAUGCUGGACCACACGACGUGGGUCGAGUCCCAGUUGUCUGAGAAGUACUUCGGAGACUGGUAUCACAACGCGGCCGUCAUUGUGUUUGCCUGCCUCGCCUCGUGGCUAGUAGCCGUGCUCGGCGGCGGCCUUGCCUGGGUCUUCAUCGUCAUGGCCAUCUGCGCGACGUACUACCGCACUUCUGUUCGCCGGGUGCGACGCAACUUCCGCGACGAUAUCACACGCGAAUUGGCGCUCAAGAAACUCGAGACCGACAGCGAGUCGGUCGAGUGGAUCAAUUCCUUCUUGGUCAAGUUCUGGCCCAUAUAUCAACCUGUUCUCGCGCAGACCGUCAUCAACGCCGUUGACCAGGUCCUGAGCUCCGCUACCCCGGCCUUUCUGGACAGCCUGAAGCUCAAGACUUUCACGCUCGGUUCGAAGCCGCCCAGGAUGGAGCAUGUGAAGACGUAUCCCAAGGCGGAGGACGACGUCGUGAUCAUGGACUGGAUGUUCAGCUUCACACCCAACGACACAGCCGACAUGACGGCUCGCCAGAUCAAGAACAAGAUCAAUCCCAAGGUGAUCCUAGAAAUCAGACUCGGCAAGGCGAUGGUGAGCAAGGGUCUCGAUGUGAUCGUCGAAGACAUGGCCUUUAGCGGCCUGAUGCGUCUCAAAAUCAAGCUGCAGAUCCCUUUCCCGCACGUCGAGAAGGUCGAAAUGUGUUUCCUGGAGCGGCCAACCAUCGACUACGUCUGCAAGCCGCUCGGCGGUGAAACCUUCGGUUUCGAUAUCAACUUCAUUCCCGGUCUUGAGAGCUUCAUCAUGGAGCAGAUCCACGGCGCCCUGGCUCCCAUGAUGUAUGCGCCGAACGUCUUCCCGAUCGAGGUCGCCAAGAUGUUGGCCGGCACCCCUGUCGACCAGGCUAUCGGCGUGAUCGCCAUUACCUUGCACGGCGCGCAAGGGCUGAAGAACACGGAUAAGUUCUCCGGCACGCCCGACCCGUAUGCCAUGGUCUCCCUCAACGGAAGGCAGCCGCUUGCGCGGACCAAAGUAGUCAAGGAAAAUUCGAACCCCCAAUGGAACGAGACGCACUACGUCAUCGUCACGUCCUUUAAUGACUCUCUCGACAUAGAUGUCUACGACUAUAACGAGAUCAGGAAGGACAAGAAGCUCGGCUCCGCAUCGUUCGCCUUGGAGAAUGUCGAAGAGGUCUACGAGCAUGAAGGCGAGAGGCUUGAGCUCAACCUAGACGGCAAGGCAAGGGGCGUCUUGCUCUGUGAUGUCCGCUUCUUCCCCGUCCUGGAGCCCCAGAAGCUCCCAGACGGGACAACGGAGCCGCCUCCGGAGUCUAAUCAGGGCAUCCUGCGGUUUACCGUGGAGCAAGCCAAGGAGCUCGACGGCACAAAGAGCAUGGUCGGCCUGCUCAAUCCCUAUGCGAUGCUUCUCCUGAACGGCAAGGAGGUCCAUGUCACCAAGAAGCUCAAGCGGACGAACAACCCCAUUUGGGACAAUGGCUCCAAGGAGAUCUUGAUCACGGACAGGAAGAAUGCCAAGCUCGGGGUCGCUAUCAAGGAUGACCGAGAUAUCGCGGGAGAUCAGCUGAUCGGGACGUACCAUAUCAAGCUGGACGACAUGCUCGAGCUCACGGCCAAGGGGCAGGAGUGGUACAACCUUGCCGGCGUGAAGACUGGUCGUGUGAAGAUGAUGGCCCAGUGGCGGCCGGUGACCAUCGCAGGCAUUGCGACCGGUACGGGGGGCUACGUGACCCCCGUUGGAGUCAUGCGGCUACACUUCAAGUACGCCAGGCAGCUACGCAACGUCGAGGCCCUCGGCAAGUCCGAUCCGUACGUGCGGGUCGUAAUGUCGGGUGUUGAGAAAGGACGCACGGUCACAUUCAAGAACAACCUCGACCCUAACUGGGACGAGGUACUCUACGUGCCCAUCCAUUCCCCGAGGGAACGCCUCCAGCUGGAGGUCAUGGACGCCGAAAAUGUGGGCAAGGAUCGCAGUCUUGGUCUGACCGAGAUUUAUGCGGGUGAUUACAUGGCCCAGGACGAGACCGGCGAGUGGCUCGUCCACGACCAGAAGGAGGAACGCCACGACGGCCUACGUAUGCAUGGCAAAGGCGUGCCAAAGGGAGUCCUCACGUAUACGGUAGCCUUCUACCCGACUCUCAAUGUCGCCGAUCCCGAGGAGGAGGAGGAGGAGAAGGAAAAGGAGAGGGAGCGGGAGAGGGAGAGGGAGAGGGAGAGAGAGAAGGAUCCUGACAAGCUGAAUGGGGUUGACGGCGACAAGGACAAGUCCUCCUUGAGUAGGCCGUCUCUCGAUGCGAGAUCGUCUGCCAGACAGUCUCUGGACGUGAGGACCAACGAGGAGAAAGAGCCUGACGCGCCACUAACGCCGAAGACCCCGACCAGCCCUGCCUUUGCACCGUCUCCCAGGAGAUCGCGAGACGAUAGGGAACCUCCGAAAGUCUAUCUCACUCCGCAAGAGCUCCUUGGAUACGAGUCCGGCUUGGUCAUUUUCAGACUCAUGGAAGCAGAGCUGCCCAAAGCUUCCAGUCAGAUCGAGGUGUUCGUCGACGACAUGGCAUUCCCGUCAUACGUGUCUUCGGCAGCGAGGACACGACACCACAAGUUUGAUGAAAUUGGCGACUGCUUCAUCCGCGAGCUAGAGUUUUCGAGGUUAACGAUCAAGGUCACGGAGAAGUCGGAGAAGCAGGAAGAGGGAGACAAGCAACAUGUUUUGGCUCGGUUGUCAGGAAACACGCUGGACACUCUUAAACAGUGCCUGAACAACCCGACCACUUUGAAGAUGAGGGAUGAGGACGGCGACGUGUACUCAAUCAAGGUCAGCCUGAAGUAUGUCCCGGUCAAGAUGAAGCUCGACCCGAGCGAGAGUAUCAACAACAUGGGCAACCUUCGCGUCGACGUCCUGGAUGCCCAGGAUCUCCCAUCUGCUGACUCGAACGGGAAGAGCGACCCGUACGCUAAGUUCGAGCUCAACGGCCAGGAGGUGUUCAAGACGAAGGUGCAGAAGAAGACGUUGAGCCCUGCGUGGAAUGAGACCUUCAACGUGCUUGUGCCCUCCAGGAUGGCGGCCAAGUUCAAGGCGACAGUAUGGGACUGGGACUUUGCCGACAAGCCCGAUUUCCUGGGCGGCACAGACAUCAAGUUGGACCAGCUCGAGCCGUUCAGGGCGCAGGAGUUCAAGUACCCGCUCGACGGGAAGUCGGGCGUGCUCCAUCUCCGGAUGCUCUUCACGCCCGAUUACGUCACCCGGACUAGGCAGGGCACGUCGACCCUGGUUGGCACAUUUGCGGUGCCGGGCAGGAUCGUGACGGGCGUUGCCGGCGUUCCCCUGAAAGGAGGCGCGGCCAUCGGUCACGGUGUUGGCAAGGGCGCAUCAUUUCUUAUGCGCGGGUUGCGCGGCAAGAAGGACGACGACAGCGUCAGCAUCUCGUCCCGAAGCUCGGCCGACAUCCCGAGGAUCACCACGGAGAGCCCCCCGGAGAGCAAGCCUGCUGCCGCGAACGGCGGGCUUUCGGUGCAGCACAGCCGGAAAGUGAGCGUGGGGGCCUCAUCAAUCCACAGUGCCAUCAUCCCGGGGGCGUCGUCAGGCACCGCGUCGUUCACAGUCAUCUCGGCAUCGGGCUUUGCCCCGUCUGCUGAUGUCUAUGUUACCGUCACACAGGUCAAGGAUGGCAAGACCAAGCAGGUGGGCAAGACGAAGCAUCACAAGCCCUCGAGCGGCAUGGUCAAGUUCGACGAGACAUUCCGCAUUCAGUGCACGCCCGACGCGCAGUUCAAGGUGGAGGCCAAGGAGCAUCACACGUUUGGCAGCGACCACCCGCUGGGCGAGGCGCUGUAUUUUGUGGACGACUCGAAUACCGGGGCAGAGAAGUCCCUGUCGGUGGGGACUGGCACGGUGGUGAUCAAGAGUUCGUUCGCGCCGGCUGCCACCGACGGCGCCGACAAGUUGGUGCCGGAUAGCCCCAAGUCGGCCAAGUCGACGACCAGCGGCAUGAGGAGGAGCUUCUUGAGUAAGAGGGAGCUGCGUGUGCCGAGUCGAGAUGGGACACCGUCGUAGUUGGGUGGGUGGCGGAGGGAAGGGAUGAGGAUUAUCUAAACUCCUCUUGAUAUCUAAAUGUUUCUUGCCUAGGAUACCUUUUUAUUUUUCUUUCUUUUCCUUUUUUUUUUUUUAUUUUUCUUUCUUUUUGGGUCAGGUAAUCAAUGCUUCAAUCUUGAAUUCACCAUUUUGGGUACCUGGGUAGAUCAAAAAUGGCGCGGGCAGCGAGCAGACUGAGCCAAAGUUAUGGUCUCUCAACACUUCGUUGGCAAGCUAAAUGACG